AUGUGCAGCGAUCUUGUCGCUUGUAGAGAUUUCGAGCCGAUGUUCAUUGGAUCAAUCAAAGUUGUUACCGUGGAUCUUAAGAGCCCACGCCUUUUUGCUGAGAGAGAGUUCACCACUCUCCACUUCCAUACUUUGACGGUAACUGACGUUGUCAGUCGCUUCUAUGGAAAGAGAAUGACAGCAGUUUUCAUCGGAGAUGCGGACGACGAUGUGCACAUGUUCCAAAUGAACGGACAAUGUUUCCUCCAUGCCGUGGCCAAUGGCCAGCACAUCUUUGCUGAAAUAAUGGAGCAAUCUGUCAGAGGCCAGAUGGCAGCGUUGGAAAAUAUUCAGGCUCAUGUCAACCGCCAAUAA